AUGGCCGAGCCACUGUGCCGUAAGGAGGCAGGACCGACUCGGCGCAAUUUUUACAGUCUGUUGGAUGCCAAGACAAACCUCCCAGGCAGAAUUGUCCGUAACGUGUCACCUAGGCGAACUUUGAAAAGACUAUUGUCAGAAGAACUUAUCUCUGAAUCAAUGAGUACCCACGGCUGCUGCUCCAUCACCACGCCGAUAUCCAGUCCUCGGCCAAAGUCCACGGGCGUCCUAGCAGACGAUUGCACUAUGGAAACGCUCAGUAGUCAUGGCAUGCGAGCUCUGAGAAGUCCCGCUUGCACCAGUGUAGGCCAUGUGGGCAAAUCUCGUCGCCGGGUCUCCAGAGAUCCUCGGCGGCUGUCGGCUUCGGCUUCUCAACACUUGAAGUCCAGCGUGCCUCAAUGUAUCAAUAAACACCCCGCAGAUCCAAAAAUUGAGAUCAGUGCUCCCAGGCAGGAAGAGGAACCGAAGCUACCUCAAGCCCUUGCGACACGUCCUGAAUUACAAAGAUCACAGUCAACACCCAUUGCUGUGCACAGUCAAAAUGAUGUUGGGUUUCAGAAUGCUUCCCACACUACCCAAAUGCAAGCGCAAGUGCAAGAGACACGGCACACGGAAAAUGAUCAAAUAUCAAAUCAAAAUGUGGAGAUGGUGGGUGGAGAGGCAGUCACUCAGGAACCAAAGCCUCAUGAAAUGUUUAGGCAACCGGAGACCCAUACCAUCACCGAGGAGCAACUGAUCAACGAAGUGCGCGGAAUUUAUACCGGACUUGUCAUGGUGGAAAAGAAGUGCAUUGAGAUCGACAGACAACAAGCGCAAUCAAAGACCGAAUUAUCACAACCUCAGUGGCAAACGCUCGUCUCGCUACACCGAACAUUACUUUACGAACACCAUGACUUUUUCCUCGCCUCCCAACACCCGUCAGCUGGUCCUGUUCUCAAAGACUUAGCCGAUAAGUACGCUAUGCCGGCGCGCAUGUGGCGGUAUGGGGUGCACUCCUUCUUAGAGUUGUUACGCCAGAAACUCCCCGGCUCGAUGGAGUAUAUGCUCGAUUUCAUCUACCUCUCGUACUCGAUGAUAACACUACUACUGGAAAGCGUGCCGGAUUUCAGAGAGACUUGGAUUGAGUGUCUAGGUGACUUAGCACGGUACCGGAUGGCCGUGGAGGAAUUCGAUAAGAAGGACCGUGACCUCUGGGCAGGUGUAUCGAGGUAUUGGUAUAACCAGGACCGAAACCAAGAAAAUGGCCGCAUUCAGCAUCAUCUUGCUGUUUUAGCUCGCCCGGACGUUCUUCAGCAGUUUUUUCACUACACGAAAGCAUUGAUCAGUGUGCGCGCAUUCCCAAAUGCUUUCGAUAGCAUGACCCAGCUUGUCGCUCCUCUGAUGAAUAUGCAGAAGGGAAAUUUGAGUACUUUAUUCGUGACAACUCACGGUGCGCUUUUUAUGCAAGCUCCGGUUGAGGAAUUUGUCUCUCGAGCGAGUGUGUUUCUUGCUACUCUCCGUAAAGAAAUUAGCCGGGUAGGGCGACAGGGGCAGGAAGGUGUUCAAUUCACCUCUUGCAAUAUCUGUGCGAUAUUCCAGUAUGGGGGGAAAGGGAUGAUGGAAACAGAUUUUAAAUUGAGGUCGCGCAAUCCCACGGCAGAGGAUCGCCUAGCGGCAAUGAAGUGGGCAUCGACUACAGCCGCAAUGAAGUGGGAAUCGAGUACAGCCACGACAAAAACACCUAUGCACGCCAUAUGCAACGAUCUUUCGUCCCAGCUCGCAUUCCGGGCGAGCUCUCUCACGUUUCACACGUUGAUCGUUAUGCUCGGCCAAAUUGGGGAUCCAAACAUGUACCCGAGUGUGCACAUCUCUAUGGCAUUUGUCUGGUGUCUGACGCUCAACCCGGCUGCUAUACAACGACUAGAACCGCUGAUUCCGUGGUCGUUACUUGCGAGUUAUCUAAACACCUUGUUUCGUCCCGACACAAUCAUUUCGAAGAUCGAGGAUGAAUCAUUCCCUCUUCUUGACGACUCAACUAUACAACAGCUACCGGAGGACUUUUUGAUUAGAGGACAGGCGUGGAGCCGGGUUUACUACCCAGAAGGAUUCUUCGAGGGGGCUCCUACAGAAGACGACAGACCACCAAUAGAAGAACAUUCGACAGUGAUUCCUAGAAGACAUCGAUGUCUUUGGCUUGGAGUGAGAAUCGCAACUUACACCCGCUGGAUGACAUACGAUCAGACGCGACGGUUCACACCCACCCGAUUAGCAGAUGAAUUUGCGCCAAUGGCUGAAUCUCCCGCUUACCUCUAUGGCAAUCCUUACUCACUAGGCACUGAGACAUCACCCUCCUCCGAUCAGGAGAUGCAGGAGGUUUGA